AGCCAUCUUGGCUCGAGCCACUCUGGCUCCAGCUCCGGGGGGGCGCCGGCCCCUGGCUCUCCAGUUGCGGCCGCGCGCGGUGGCCCGGGCGUGCUCCGGGUCCCCGCCCGCUCGGCGCGGGCGCCAUGCCGAGCCUAUGGUGCGCGGGAGCGCGGGAGGCCCCCGAGGCCCCAGGGCAGGCGGCUGCCGCCGGCCCGCGGGCCGAGGAGGCGGCAGCCUGGCUCCGGCGGCGGCUGGACGCCGAGCGCCAGGAGCUGCUGUUUGGCGCCGCUCGGACGUGUGCAGGUUUCCUUCGGCGAGGAACAUCGAGGAGCAUCCUUGAUCCUUUGGCGAAAGAGCCACGCACGCAGCCGGCAGAAAAACACAGGGGAUGGGCGUCCGAGCGAUGGCCAGGCUGGGGCGCCAGGAGCUGCCGGGGCGCCACGGCGCGCUGCUCACGGGCAUCGCCCAAGUCCUCGGGCAGGGCGCCGGCACCGAGGGCGCUGCGGCCGCGGCGUCGCCAGCACAGUCCGGGGUCGGCACAGCCAUGGGCCGCGAGGAGGAGGUCCCCCGCGGCCGCUGCCAUGGACCACGGCAGACGGCAGCCGCCUGGGCCUGGCUGAGAGCUCGGGCGCGAGGAGCACCGCGGAGCUCACCACGAUCGCCCUGCGAGAGCGCGGGCUGGGCACGAGCGCGUGCCCCUCGAUGGCGCUGGCCAGCUCAAACAGGCGGCAGCAGCACGAGGUCAAAGGAGGUCACCCAGAUGAGGACCACGGCAGAGAUCACUAGUCACACAUUGCGAGACCGCGGGUUAAACUCGGCUCUCGACAGGAUCGGCAGGCAGGUUCGCAUCUCGCAGCAGCCCCGUGAAUAUACCGACCGCACCUUCCGAUCGAACGUUGCUGUGGUGCAGCGCGCUGCUUACAGGGGCACUAGGAACCCCUGGUCCGAUUACUGCAUGUCUGUCAUCAUAAUCGCAAACUGUACAGUUAUCGGAAUGUUUUUCUGGUGGCAUAUGUGUUAGAGCUUUUGAUGCGCAUCAUAGGUGACUGGUCAGAUUGCCUCGGGAGCUUGUGGUUUCAGAUGGACCUCACCCUCGUCGUCUUUGGCGUGGUGACGACAUGGGUGAUGGAGCCGCUUCUUAGCAGAAUAGGUGCCAUCGGUGUUCUCAGGAAGGUGUUGGUCAUUCGCAUUCUGCGACUGCUGCGCCUGGUGCGUGCCCUCCGCUUUCUGAAGAUGAUGCGGCCGCUGUGGACGCUGGUCAAAAUCCUGGUGGGGGCAAAUGGCCCAGUAACGUCGGGCCUGGUGCUGCUACUCGGGGCCAAGUACGUGUUCGCGUGUGCCGGGGUGGUCCUCAUCGGUAGCGACCAGGACUUGCUCUCCGACCCCGUGGCCGGGCCCAUCGUGGCAGAUCAUUCCGGGUCGAUCCCAGUAUUGAUGUUGACGCUGACGCGGUUCACUUUUUGCGACGCCAUCGCCCAGAUCUACGAACCUAUAGUUCUCGCGAAGCCUGUUAUGAUAUUUGCUCUUGGUGCCGAUCGCGCUCAUGAGCCUGAUCACAGCCGUGCAUGUCAACCACGCUAUCAAAGUUUCCACUCAAGACGCAGAAUUGGAGCGCAUCUCCCUGAGGGGCAGAUUGCAGAGGCUGAUACCACUUCUGUCCAAGAUUUUCAGGCAGCUCGAUGUCCACAACCAAGGGUUUGUUUCUUUUCACGGGAUCGAUCUAACGAAUAUGACUAUGCCCUUGCCGCCCGAGGUACAGCGCGCGCUCAAGUCUUUACAGGCUUGAAGAUUUCUUCAAGCUGCUCGACGCAGAUGCGUCUGGACACAUGCG